ACAGAUACAUAUAUAAAAUAUUCUUUCCAAAUCGAACGAAUCGGGAUCCAGCUAGGAGCCGUAGAUCUAGAAAUACAGUCAUUUGACAAAGUCGACCGUUACAAUAUUUCAAAUCCGAGAGGACCGUUAAAAAGGAGGCUCGCCUUAAUUGUUUUUCCGCUCUCCACCCUUUUUCUUUCUCCCCUGACCCAAAAGCAACUUGUCAUCAAUCUCAAUGGCCGAUCAGAACAGCAACAACACUUCAAUAAUGGAAUCGAAGCCUUUACACCCACUUCACCAAAUAGCAGAAACCCCAACUCACAAGUUGCUUCUCAAGCAAUGGCUUAAAGAAGAAGAACUCAUCCUCAAUAGAAUCGCCGCCAAAGAAACCCAAAUCGAUUCGGUUCGCAACGAAAUCACCCAGCUCUACUGCAUCUUUUUUCUCUUCCACUCCAUUUCACUUAUGCUUUUAUUUAGUGCCUCCUCGAAAUGGGCUUCUAAAACUGGGCUCUGCCACCGUUCUUGGAUCCCAUCUCUGUGUUCUCUGCUCUGUUCUCUGGGUAUCAUUUGGGCCGUUAGGUACAAGACGGAUACGGAGAGUCACUUAGAGAAACUGUUGGAGAGAGAGAAAGAGGACGGGAAACUAUUGGCUAGGUGUGUGGAGGAAUUGAAGAGAAAAGGGGUGGAGUUUGAUUUGUUGAAAGAGGUUGAUGCUCUUAGGAGGGCUAAGAGUUUGAGGGUUGAAACUAAGGUUGUUAAAAAAUGGUCUGCUAGAGACUUUGUGUCUCUAUUUUUCUUCUCUGUUUCUUGCCUCGUACUCGCCCUAACUAGGCUCAUUUUGUGUGAUUGAAAUUCACAGGAUACCACA